AACCCUAACCGGCCAGCCGCCCACCUCCACUCAUCUCCCUGCCCCCGCCGGUCUCGCGCCAGAACGCACCGCCGCCGCCGCCGCCGCGCUCCUCCAGGAACCUCCACCCCCGCCUUCUACGCGCUCGACGCAAGCUCCUCGCUCUCAGCCACGGCGUGAGGGAUGAUGAGGAAGCUCAAGUUCCAUGAGAGGAAGCUGCUGAAGAAGACCAACUUCCUCCUGUGGAAGCGGGAGGGCGGCCACCGCGAGGCCGCCGUCACGCAGCGCUACAGCCUCGUCGACAGGGACGACUACAAGAAGUACAACGGGAUUUGCCUGAUGUCGCAGAAGCUCGUGAACAUCAUAAAGCAGAUGGAUCCCAGGGACCCUUUCAGAAUCGAGAUGACAGGCAUGCUGCUCGAUAAGCUGUAUAAUAUGGGUGUAAUUCCAACAAAGAAGAGCUUGGUUAAAUGCGAGAGACUUUCAGUGAGCGCUUUCGCCAGGCGGAGACUUGCAACAAUUAUGGUGAAGCUCAAGUUUGCUGAACACCUUAAAGAGGCUAUCACCUACAUUGAACAGGGACAUGUGCGUGUAGGCCCAGAGACGGUCACCGAUCCAGCCUUCCUUGUGACCAGGAACAUGGAGGACUUCAUCACCUGGGUGGAUUCCUCGAAGAUCAAGAAAAAGAUCAUGGAGUAUAAUGGUGCAUUGGAUGAUUAUGAUGCCAUGAUUUGAGGAUGUGUCGUGAUAGUAGAAAUUUCGGGACCAUCGGUGAUUCAGUUUAGCUACUCCUGUAAUAUUUUUUAAACCUGAAUCUGAGGCUACAAUAUGUUAAGAUAGUUAUCUGUUGCAAAGCUACUUGUGUGAUAAAAGCUAAACUGCUAUAGAAUGCAAAUGCCUAAUCAGUUUGUA